ACUCUGGAAGAAAAUGCUUCAGCCUUCUGCCAUGACUGCUGUGAAGCAGGAGAUAAAUGCCAACCGUUAAAGCAGAAACUAUGUUUCUCUAACAAUUGGAAUCUCUUUCAAAGUAGCUAAAUACUUCUAUAACCUGUUGUACUGUGAGGGGCCCAAAACAGGUAGACUAUUAAAAUAAUAAAGGUGGUUUAAUAAGUCAUGGCAGUUAUGAAAGAACAAUCACACAUAUCACAAGGGUUUUUAUAAGUCAGAGUAUGUUUGGGGAAUUGUUCAUCGCCUCAAAGUGGAAGGAGAACACCCAUCCAGAUCCGGCAAAGAGGUAACCUUCUAGUUAGGCUUUCAAGCUUAGCACCAAUUUCCAAGUGCGCCCAGGAAGCUGUGGAGCUCAGACUUUGAGGCUAAGCACUCUGCCUUUCUCCUUCAUCCUGGCCCACCACCUCCGUUCAGAAUCUACAAAGAGCUGUGGAAUCUUGAAGGGCAGCAUCCAGUAACGUUCAUCACAAUUUCAGGGGUAACAGCUUCUGAGUUAAAUGAAAGGUGUUUAGGGUUUGUUUUUAAACAGUAAUUAACUAUGCUAUUAUUUCAAUGAAUAUUUCAAUGAAAUAUGCUAUUUCAACACAAGAAACCACUGGAAAUCUCUUUGUUUUGUGACCUAGAAGUAGACAUGGAGAGUCUAAAGGGAAUCAGAGGUAGAUUUCUGGGAAGAUAAUGUUUUAUGUGUUUAUUUGUCUUCCAGAACUCCAAAUAGUUGCGUUGGCAGGCAGGCUGCUCUAUAACUGCCCCCUUCUGAAGACUCAGAGGUGUUUACAGAAACUGAAAGUCCCAGCAGUAUAUUUCCAUGAGCUCAUUACCAGUUCCGCUUACACCCUUCAGAUGUUGCAUGUGCAAAUGAACAUCCAUGCAGUAUAAACCCCUGCCUCGAGCUUUUGUUCUAAUUACAAAGUAGCACAAGUCAGAAACGUGGUGACUAUAACAUCAGGGCAUCUUUUUAGAAUCCCUGCUUUGGUCACUAUUAUUCAAAGCAACUCCAAUGCCAUUUCUUGCCUGCCUCUUUAUGCUAAUCAGCCUAGCUCCCUCGGCCCCUCCUCCUUCAGCUUCCUUUAAGAACUGUUCACUUUCAGCUGUCACAGAGGGUAACUCAGACCAGGCUUGGAAAUCACUGGAUUUAACUCAGCAGCACUUUUUAAAUUUUGUGUAUCUUAUUCUAGCAGUCCUCUUGAAAUACUAGAGGCAUUAGGUUUCGUGUCAGCAGAUGGGUCAAAACAUUGCCAAAACUGUAAUUGGUUAGAAAUAGUUACUUUGUAGGAUUUUACACUGUAGAGGGGAAAGCUUCAAAGUACUUUGAAAUGAAAGACAAAUUAAGCUGUGCUUUUAUCCAAAUGAAUUGGCAUCUUUGUAUGUAGGGGAAGUUAUAUUGGUCAAUAUUUAUUUCAAGAAUCAUGACUAGAAAGCACUUGGAAGUUUAUUAGAGAAGUAAAUGUUUUACACUCAAGGACAGGAUCUGCAUGUACCUCUGUGGCUCUGGGUGUCUGGUGAAGACCAUUUUAGGUGACUAACCAGGGGAAGGAAAUGUCCUAGUGAUACUGGAACCACAGCCUGUAUUGCCAGCACCAUGUCUACUGCACAGAGAAAAGACAGCAGGCACCUGUUUAACAGUUUUUAUACCUGUAAACUGAAGCUUCCAGAAGACCAGCGACAGCAAGAAAAAUCUGUCAUUGCUCAGCCAAUAUUUGUUUUUGCAAAGAGAGAACAAACUUUUAAGAGACCUGCAGAAGACACCCUGUACGAAGCAGCAGAACAUGAGUCUAAUGGUUUUCUGAGAAAGCGCGUACGGUCUUCAUCUUUUACUUUGCAUACUACACAUCUUCAGUCUCAAGGAGCAUCAACCUUGUCCCAGAAUCGAAUGAGAUCAUCAUCCUUCACUGACCUCCCGACCUUCCCUCCUUCUCGGCCGGUGAAGAAAAACAAUGUUUUUAUGACAUCAACUCAUGUGCAAAGGAAUGUUGAUAUGAACAGUGCAGAACAAGGUCCCGUGAAACAUUCCGAACAUGUUCUAAGACCUGCUAUUUUGCAACCACCUCAAGCUCAAAGGUGUGAAAAAGCAAGAAAAACAUUUGGACACGAUACCUUGGAAUCCUGCAAGAUUAAAGACAAAACGAAAAAUAAGAUUUCUGAGGGGAGCUCCUGUUUGCUAGGUGAAAAAUUACCCAGCACCAGAAUUUCAGUCCUGCUGACUACUAAACAGAAUUGUUUAGGUGCUACAUCAGUAGGAUGUCAACCAAAUGAAGAGAAGUAUUCUUUUAAAAGCUGCAGUUCUGAUUUCGUGUUUGGAGAAAACAUGGUAGAAAGAGUUUUGGAUAUUCAACAUCUCACCCAAUCUCAACCUGAAAAUGAUUCAUACACCAAGGAACAACCAUUCAAAUCCGUACUAGAAUUUCCUGUCAACUCUCUAAAUUCAAACUCUAUUAAAAAUAUAUCCCUAAUCGAAUCAGCUGCUGCUUUCUCUUCUAAGCCAUCACCCAAAUGCUUGCUGCAGAAAAUUGAUGUUAUAACAGGGGAGGAAGCUGAACAUAAUGUGUUGAAGAUCAACUGCAAGCUUUUUAUAUUCAACAAAACAACACAGUCCUGGACUGAAAGGGGCAGAGGAGCUUUGAGGCUGAAUGACACAGCAAGCAGUGACUGUGGAACAUUCCAGUCGAGACUAAUUAUGCGCAAUCAAGGCAGCCUGAGGCUGAUUCUCAAUAGCAAACUCUGGGCUCAAAUGGAGAUUCAAAGAGCGAACCACAAAAAUUUACGAAUAACAGCUACUGAUUUAGAAGACUAUAACAUCAAAGUGUUUUUAAUUCAGGCCAGUGCCAAAGAUACAGGGUGUCUGUACGCGGCAAUACAUCAUCGGCUCGUUGCACUUCGAAGCUUUGGUAAACAGGAAGAUGUAAACCAAGCGGAAAGCCAGUCAGAUACAAUCCUCCAACAAUUAAACUGUGAAAGCUGUGAUGAGGAUGAGGAUGAUUUCAUCAAAGCAACUAAGAAUAGAUCAGAUCCUUCGAGGUGGACCCACAGACAGUCGGUUGCCUGUUCAUGAGCACUAUCUACUAUAAAUGUGACAACAUCUACAAAAAGAUUGAUCACCUUACUGAAAAUCCUAAAUCAUCUUAAGUAAAUGAGAAGAUCCUAUUCAUCCCUUGAAGAGUUUUUAUAGCAAAGUUCAUAAAACAUAAUUUGUUGCAAUUAAAAUUUUUCUCUUAUGUAGUCAAAUAAUUUUAAGGUUUUACAUUUUGAUUAUUGUGGAGAAAAUGAAAGAAUUUAAGAAAUGCAUGGACUUAGGAAGUUCAAAAUUUAUCAUUUUUGAAGAGGUAAUUUAGAAUAGGGUUUGAUAACUAAUUUGGACUAUUCAUCACAUUGGUGGAUAUCAUAGUUAAAAUAAAUUUCUGGAUUUGAUAAAUAUCUAACUAAGAUAUUUAUUUUUUCAGUCAUACACUGUCUGGUCAUAAAACAAACAUUUUAAAGAUUUCCAGUCAUGUCUUCAAAAACACUGUAACUGCAUGCUAACAUUUGAUUAAGUUGUGUUUAUUUUCCGGGAAAUGAGUAUUUGCAUUUAACCUUUGGAUUUACUAAUACUAUAAGAUUAUAUAUUCAUGGUAUGAAUUUCUUUAAAUUUACUAUUGUUCUUGGACCUGUAUCCAUUGUACCUUGUAUAUGGUUGAUUUCAGGUCAGCAUCCAAUAGUUGUUGAAGGGAUGAACAAAAUACAUUACCUAUGUAACAAAAUAGUAAGUAUACAAAAGUAAAAUAUGUUAACUCGUUCUUUGCUUUAUGUAAUUAAAUUGUCAUUAAUAUUUUA